CCUUAUCUAAAAAUGAAUACCGAUUAUUCAUGUUGUUUUAAAGUUAAAAAUAUCCUCAUAUAUACUUGUGAUUGAAUUUUUUUUCACUAUAAGGGGCGUUUUUUGACUUUCCGCCGUGGGCAUCCAAAAUAUCAGGGCCGGCCCUGACAUCUACAUGUAGUGCUUUAUAACUCUAUCCAACAUAUACUCCUUUAUUGUUAUGUUCAAUGGUCAUUGAGGAAAAUUUAGUUGGUAUUGUUGUUUAUAGAUAAGGUUCAGUAGAUAAGGAUUUUCAAUAGAUAAGACUCUUAAUAUAGAUCAGCCAUUACUUUGGUAGAUUUUGACGUAACUUUUGGUAUAUUUUGCACCAACUUUUGUAUGCAUCUAUUUAUGCUUAGGGUACAAAUUCUUUAUGAUUUGGAAAGACUAAUGGAAAGGUUAUUUUCGUUUUAGAAUGCCCGAAAAGUUAUCUGUUCAAAAAAAUAAUCACUCAAAAUAUGAAUGUCAGUUAGCAUUUUUCAUAAUUUUCCAUUUGCUUUUUUAGUUUUUAUGUAAUCAUCUGUUCGUCUCAGCAUGAGUCUCUCUUUCCUCCUCCUGAGGAGAAAGAAUAACAAAACCCCAUUGUAAUCUACAUCCCUCUCUCCAAUUCAUACACAUAAAUCCAUUAUCUUUCUCAAAAUCCCAUUUUUCUUAGACUUCAAUCUUUUGCUCAGUUCCUGUUUUGGUAAUGAAUCUCUUUCUAUGCAACAAAUAUCUUUAUUAUUUUCUUUUAAUUUAGGAAGGUUUGCAAUUUGCGUACCAAAUUUUAACAGUCAAAUUAUAUGAACAUGGAAAUUGUUGUUUGAAUUCUUGUGCUGUAUGUUUCUUCCUUUUUGUUUGAGCUUCAUUUAUGGGUUCUAAUUAGAACGUUUAAUUGCAUUUUGAAUAUUGGAUCGUGUAUUUAUAGAAGCUUAAUGUUGGUUUUAGAGAUUGCUUAACUUUCUCAUUGUUGAAAAAUCUAAUCGAAACAUAGUUAAGUACUCUUGCAACCCUUCCUAAGAUUUUCUUUUCUUGUGCAUACUUUAUAAAAGACGUUCUUUUUUUUUCUUGUUCAUCCUCUCUUUUUAAAUUUUUUUAUAUCACAAUGCACAUUUGUGAAUCUAUGGAAGUAGUUGGUAUACAAAUUGUUAACUCAUUGCUCGUUUUAAUUUUAUGAUUUUCAUUAGUGGGUUUUUGGUGUUAUUUCAUUGUUGUUUUUUAUAUUCUAUCUUGAGGUUCUGACCAUUUCUGGUAGGGUCUAGUGAUUUCUCUAAUUGGCUGUCCAUUCUUGAAGCAUCAAUCUCGACCUAACAUGAUCAUGUACUAGUGAGCAUUUUGUUUGAAUUACUCUCUUAUGAUUCAUUUCCGUGUAUUCUUCUGGAUUUUCUAUCUCAUAUGCCAGUGAAAAAUUUGCUUAGGUUACAAGAAUACUCAAAGAUGGACAUGCAUAACUUCGAAAAAAUAUGUAUCUGUCGCCAUCAAUAAUGUUUUAUUGCGCCGUGGGUUGCCUAUUUAAAAUCUUAAUUGAGGUUUUUCUAUCUUUGAUUUUGUUUACUGGUGGGUUUAGUAACUUCUUAUGCAAACUUAUGUUGAUUUUCCUCUCACUAGAGUUGUCUUUUUUAAUUUUUUGAUUUCAAGUUUGUGUCACUUUUGUUCCAUUGUUCUAUGUGAGUGCUAAAACAAAUGUGGACAUGUAGAUAUAUGAAGGCAUGCUUUUACGUUCAAUUUAUCAAGCACAUUAUGAGCUGUGUCAAUAUAGUUAGUUGUUCAUCAGGUCAAGCAUAGGAGUUGUUAAGAGACAAAUUUGCAAGACACAUUUUCUUCAAGAAAUUCGGGAUGAUGAUCUUGUAUUGUUCAAUAGAGCACCUACACUGCAUAAAUAAGGGACCAUGAGAGUAUAUAUAUGAGGAUAUGCAUCCAGUUACUGAGGAGCUAAGAAGAGCUAGGAAGCAGGUGUCCAACUUUGUUCAAUACGCAAGAGGGUUUUCAGGUCUACUCCAAUGCAACCUUGUGCUACAAAACUUACUAUUAGUUUGAAAGGAGACAGACACGGAGUUGCUAGUUGUAAUGUCCAGAGUCGUCAAGAUAGCAUAAAGGAAGAGCCAAUUGAUAUAAAUGGUUUUAGUGCUCCACCUAAGAUCGAUAGGAAGAGAAAGGAUCACAACGACAUCAGGGGUUCUACAUUUCACGUGGACCUGAACAACACCAAUGAAAACCUUAUCGACUUAUCUUCCUCUGACUGCAACACAGAGGAUGAAAAUAUCCCACCUUGUGAUGAUUCACAGAAACAGUUGGUACUCUAUGAUCCUUGUGUUAAUGGUGGAGGUGCAAUUGAAGCUGUCCCAGAUCCAAUUUCAUAUAAACCACCAUCUUAUCCAAGACAUCACCCUCAAAGAGUAUUGCCAUCUGUAGGUGCUUUCACAGUUCAGUGUGCCAACUGUUUUAAAUGGAGACUCAUCCCGAGCCAAGAGAAAUAUGAGGAAAUACGAGAACACAUUACAGACAAGCCCUUUGUGUGUGAAACAGCUCAUGAAUGGCGUCCUGAUAUUUCAUGUGAUGACCCCCCUGAUAUUGAGCAAGAUGGAAGCAGACUCUGGGCUAUUGACAAGCCCAACAUUGCACAGCCUCCUCCUGGGUGGCAGAGGGAUCUGAGGAUCAGGGGUGAAGGAAGCACAAAGUUUGCCGAUGUAUAUUAUACUGCACCAACAGGCACUAAACUGCGCUCAAUACCCGAUGUCCAGAAGUACUUGUUUAAACACCCAGAAUACGUGGAACAAGGGGUGACACUAGCACAAUUUUCGUUUCAGAUCCCAAAACCAUUGCAGGAGAACUAUGUAAGAAAGCGUCCUGCUCGUGUGGCAGUAUUGCGAGAAGCUAAACCAAUGGCGUUACCAGGUCCAGAAGAGAAUACCGAUUUGCAGCUUGGUCUGCCAGGGUUCUCUGCUCGGUACACGUUUGAUCCUGUGAAUCCAACAGUAAAGAGGGCAAGGAGCGCACCAGGUAAACGGAGAGAGAAUUUCGACUUGAUGUUGAAACAGCCUAAAAUGUAGGUUAGCUGACUACAAGGGACCACUAUUGGAAUCAAACAACAGCACAGUGGUCUCUCCCUCAAAAACUUUCUUUUUGUAUUUGUUUACAGGACUCAAUGUCCUGAAACAAAUUUAUGUGGAAUUAGCAAACUUUUAGCUCUGAAAGUGGGGCUCUUUUAGGGGUUGAGAAAGGGAGGAUAUGCCAUUGUGACUUCUUUUGGAAUGUAUAUGGAAAAAGAUCAUCCUAGUAUUACUCUGGUUUG